UAAACGGAUUUUGCUCCAACUUGUAAGGAAGAGAGAGAAUCCUGGAAAGAGAGCGAUGAAGAAUGAGAGAGAUGGGUUUUAAUUAUUGAGUUUUUUAAGGUUUAUUACUUCGUUUGAUUGUAUCCACACAAUAAUACCCUCCAAAAAUCUCCCUUCUUCGAGCCUCGAACGCCCAUUAAAUACUUGCCUUUCUCCUUUCGUCUUGUACACAACCUGUUUGAUUAUUUGCUUAAGAGAGGGAUUGAGGGGGAUUGACAGCUCUGUGAGUGGUGGUGAAGGAUUUGAUGGUCUUUUGAUGAGGAAGGCGACUUCGUUUUGAGGUGAGAAUAAAGGACCCCAAAUUCUUCAUCACUUUCAUCAUCAUUAUCAUCAUAUCCUCAAAUCCAUCUCUUUUUACCUCUUCUUCUUUGUUGCCAUUAGUUCAAGAUCUCAGUGUCCGUCUCGUGUGUAAUUUCUACAUUUCUUACAGUUCUAAGGUGUUGGGUGCACCCAUUUGUGGCUCCUGUUCUAACCCAACAGCCCCGAUCUGUUUGUUUGCCCACCUCAUUCUUUUGGUUUAAACCUUUUUUAAGAAACCAAAUCAGAGAUUUUGGAGAUAUGGGUCAUUGCAUCUAGACUCUUUAGCUUUAUUAUCCUUAAUUUUCCCCCUCUUGGGGUUCCAGGUGUCAGAAAACCACAAUUGAUUUGAGACUGCCCCACUUAAUCGACAAGCUUCAUUCGUGGGUUCAUCCAAUACAACCUAUUUAACUCUCCUCCCCUGAUUUUUAUUUGAAUAACAGCUGGGUUUGGGCAUUUUCUACGUUUGAAUGCUUUAAAGGAAGAAAGAUUGAGAAGCUGAGGAAGCUGUAAGUUAAGCCAAAGUUUCAACACCAGAGUUUGUCUUGUGAGGUGGCUAAAGGCACCUCUAGUUUGCUCUGUUAGAGUUUGGCGAGGAGGCCCACCGUUGGGGUUGGUGGGCUUAUUUGAUCGAAUUAGAACCCUCAUCUGAAAUGUGCCUCAGGCUCCCAUACUAAGCUUACUUUUACCCCUUGUUAACCAUCGUAUUCUUCCCACAGUUUGUUCUUCCAUUGAUCUUUUCCACUGUCUUUUAUUUGAUAAAUACCUCUUUUGUGAUGCUUCUUUAUUUCUUCCUCACAUGUAUUUCCUUCAUUUUCUUUUUAAGGUCCCUCCUUCUCAAACCUCUCCCACCUCUCCCACCAUGGGCAGGUGAGAUGAGGUUCUUGUCCCAUUGGCUAUGGAAAGAACUAUCGUUCUUACCCACCUACAAGGUGAUCAAGAAUAGUUUUUGUACUUAUAUUUCUAGUAUUCCAUCCAAUAUAUCCUUUGAAAAGAAGCAUCUUUCAAAAGUAGAGAAUGUUGAGGAAAGUGAUGCGAUGUCCGUGUUGGACUUGCCGGAAUUGGCCUUAGAAUGCAUUCUAGAGAGUCUUCCACCUGAUGCUCUUUGCAGUAUGGCGGGUGUUUGUAGAUCAUUGAGAGAGAGAUGCAUAAGUGACCAUCUUUGGGAGAAGCACAUGAAAAGAAAAUGGGGUAAAGCUAUUGGUCAAGCUGCUUACAGAGAGUGGCAAUGGCAUCUUGCUUCUAGAGCGGGUGCGGGUAACCUUAAUCAAAACAAUCAAAGGAGCUUAAUUAGACUUUUUUCCUUUGGUUGGUCUCUUUCAUGGAUUAGAUCAAAGGUUCAUGACAAGAACAUGCCACGUAAUUCUCUACCGGUUGAUUCUAUCAUGGCUUGGUAUCUUGCUCUUGAAACUGGCAGAUUCUGGUUCCCGGCUCAGGUCUAUAACCGUGAGAAUGGCCAUGUUGGUUUCAUGUUGUCUUGUUAUGAUGCGGAGCUUUGCUAUGAUCCCCGUUCGGACACUUUCCAAGCGAGGUAUCCUCCACAUGGUAGGCGAGCAAUCGCACUAGAAAACGGGGUGGAAUGGGAGAGGCUUAGAGCACCACCCAUCGAUACUCCUCCGCACAAUCUUCAUGUCUCUGACUGUUUGAACGAAUUAUUCCCUGGUGACCACAUUGAGAUACAGUGGAGAAAGAACAAAGAUUUCCCUUAUGGUUGGUGGUACGGAGUUGUAGGUCACUUGGAAACAUGUGAUGGGAAUGAUAUUCACUGCAGAUGUCAUUACAGUGACACUGUGGUAUUAGAGUUCAAUCAGUACAACCCGGGUUCGAGAUGGAGACUCGCAAGUAUAAACCGAAAAGAACAUCGAGAGGAAGGCAAUGAGAUCGACGGGUUCUACGGAGGAAUCAGAAAGCUUCGGUUCGAUGAAGAAAUUUUGAUGUGGAAGCAACUUUGGCCUACAGACAUCUUGGAGUAGUAGAUCCUUCUUCCUUUUGCGUUGUUCAGGACAGCAGAAGAAGAUAAAAGGGAAUCUGUAUAGAUUCAUUGAUGUGAAGAGCAUAGCUGUCUACUCUCCAUCCCACAUUGUUGAGCUAAUCUAUUGCUUUAAAUGUUAUUUUGUUCCUUCUUUUCGCUUUAAUGCGAUUUGUGGUCCUUCUAAAAGUGCCUCCCUCUGAUGCCUACAUUCAUGUUCAGCACACUAAGAGAACUCACGAUUUUAUAAUACAAUGUUGGGCAGUUGAGCGUCCCUUUCUUCC